CGGUUACCACAUACCCCCGCUGAUGACGAAUGACCUGGUUAGCCACAUAAACGCGACACUCUGCCCCGCGGGCUUGUGAGAUUACCGAAACCGAGGCACAUGUCAGUAUAGCUUCGAGGGGAAGCUCUGUGAUCCAAACAAGCCCAAGCCCAUUUGUCCACCGUAGCUUUCUUUGCUCUACCAUAAUACCACAGCUAACACAUGCGCGCGGUCUCUGAAGACCAAUUGUGAGCGCCAUGGCUGCAAUGCUAGAAUUCCGAACCCAAGGGUACAAUCCCUACGCCGUCAAGUAUUCCCCGUACUACGACUCGCGAAUUGCCGUUGCGGCAUCUGCCAACUUUGGCAUUGUAGGCAAUGGUCGUGUAUUUGCGCUCGCUCUGACGGCGCAGGGUGUACAGGUUGAGAAAACCUUCGAUACAAACGAUGCGCUGUACGACUUGGCUUGGUCUGAGAUUAACGAGAACCAGUUGAUUGUUGCAUGUGGCGAUGGGUCGUUGAAACUAUUCGACUUGGGAAUUGACGACUUUCCGGUUAUGAACUUUCACGAACAUAAGCGAGAAACCUUCUCUGUCUGUUGGAACCCUAUAACCAAGGAUACAUUCCUAUCGAGUUCCUGGGACGGCACAGUCAAGAUUUGGUCGCCGACGCGAAAUCACUCGAUAAAGACGCUGCCCAUCGGAAACUGUACUUACAGUACAUCGUUCUGCCCCUCCAACCCCGCCUUGAUAUCCGCCGUCUCCUCCGACUCCCACCUCCGAAUCUUCGACCUCCGAACUCCAUCUUCGGCAAAGUAUCACCUCACGGCGACGAUACCCGUCCACGCUUCUGGACCGCAGCCAUCACCCGGAGCUUCUGCGCCUGCCGAGAUUCUUACCCACGAUUGGAAUAAGUACCGGGACACGGUGAUAGCUACAGGUGGCGUGGACAGAGUUCUACGAACUUUUGACAUACGGAACCCCAACGGAGGUCCACUGUCUAUCAUGCAAGGCCAUGAAUAUGCUGUGCGGCGUCUAUCGUGGAGUCCCCAUUCGAGCGACACUCUCAUAAGUGCCAGUUACGACAUGACAGUUCGAUUAUGGAAUGACGGUUCGAAUCAGCAGCAAGCUCCGGUAAUGGGACCGACAAUAGGAAGUCAAAUGGGAAUCAUGAAUCGUCAUACGGAGUUUGUCACGGGAGUAGACUGGUGUCUUUUUGGUAUGGGCGGUUGGGUGGCUUCUGUGGGCUGGGACGAGAGAGUGUUAUUGUGGGAUGCCAAUAUGCUGAUGGGCCAACGAAUACCAUGAUGUUAAACAUUGUUAGUUUGGCGUUGAUUGGAGUAAGCGUAUCUACGAAUACCUUUGGUAUAUUAGGCGUUGGGAUGUAUUCCAUGAGUUGAGUUCGUCAAUAUGCAAGUCUACUCUCUGGUCGAAUAACUACACACAUUAAGCCAGAGGAUCACAAAGCAAGACGCUUAUUGAGAUUAUCAUCAUUU